AACAUGGAAGCUGUCCAAACUUUCGGCCGCAAGAAAACCGCUACUGCCGUUGCCCACUGCAAGCGUGGACGUGGUCUUAUCCGCGUCAAUGGUGCUCCCCUUGAGCUCUUGGAGCCCCAAAUCUUGAAGUUCAAGGUUUACGAAGUCGUCUUGCUCUUGGGUGAGGAGCGCUUCGCCAACGUCGACAUCCGUCUCCGUGUCCAGGGUGGUGGUGUUGUCUCUCAAGUCUACGCUAUCCGUCAGGCUCUUGCCAAGGCUAUCGUCGCUUUCUACCAAAAGUACGUCGAUGAAGCUUCCAAGAAGGAGAUCAAGGAAAUCCUUGUUCAGUACGACCGUACUCUCCUUGUCGCCGAUCCCCGUCGUUGCGAGCCCAAGAAGUUCGGCGGUCCAGGUGCCCGUGCCCGCUUCCAAAAGUCAUACCGUUAAA